AUGAUGCCGAAAUCCACUCGAUCUCCUGGAUCCGCUCUACGCGAACGUACUCGCUUGAUACUCGAUUGGGACAAGCCGUCUUCUCGUCACCAUCCCUACCGUAUGCGUCGUCUCAGUUGCGGAUCUACCUGCUCUUCUGACAGUUCUCAGCCGAGUCCCAGUUCAGUAAGCUCCCUUCCUGAUUCUCCACAUCCAGCUAUGCGGACCGCUCGAGACGUUCAAAUCUUCGAAAGACUUCGCCAAGUUGUGCCCACUAUCAGCUCUGAGCGGAACGCUUUCAGGAUUCUGGUUGACUAUGUGUCACAAGUAAUGGAGCUUGAACAACGUCUUGAAGAAGUAGAAGAGAAAAUUGAUAUCAAACCCCAGGUGAAUCCAGCAAUGGCACCAUGGACCACCUGUGGUUACAUGAGCAAUCGUAAGACGUCGACGGCACAUAACUCUGAGUUGUUUCCCGAUGACCUCGCCGGUGUUGACGUGAGCGCCUUCAAGCAUUUGAUCUGCUCACAACCUCUUCGUAUCGAUGCCAGUUUAUUCCAAUAA